AUGGAAAGAAAAUUGGGGACUACUCAAAAACAACCUUUUUCCCCGGCGGGAAUUCUCGACAGCAUUGUAUGCAAGAAUCUUGAAAUGUGUGUUGAAGUCUUGAGGCAAUGCGAAAACUUGCUUCCGCUUGCUGAUGAGCUGAAAAUCGUUGGUAGAUGUAUCGAUGCUGUAGCGUCUAAAGCUUGUGUUGAGCAGAUCGCUUCAAGUUUCUCGCGCUUGGAGUAUAGUAGCUCCGGGAGGCUGCAUAUGAGUAAACAAGCCAAUUGUGAAGACUGGUGGAUUGAGGAUCUUUCAGCUCUUCGUAUCGACUUGUACCAACGUGUCAUAACAGCGAUGAAGUUUCGCGGUGUUAGGCCCGAGAGCAUUGCAGCAUCACUAGUGAGCUAUGCACAGAAGGAGCUGAUACAAAAGCCCGUUUCUGGUUCGAAUGUCCAGGAAAAACUAGUAGUUGAGACGAUCGUUAGCCUGAUGCCUGUUGAGAAAUUCGUCGUUCCCUUGAGCUUUCUCUUUGGAUUGUUGCGAAGCGCUGUGAUGCUAGAUUGCACAGCUGCUUGUAGGCUUGAUCUCGAGAGGCGGAUAGGAUCUCAGUUGGAUAUAGCUACUCUGGAUGAUAUUCUAAUUCCUUCUUUUCGCCAUGCUGGUGAUACAUUAUUUGAUAUUGACACAGUGCACAGAAUCUUGGUUAAUUUCUCACAGCAGGAGGGCGAUAGCGAUGAUGAGAUGGAAGACGUAUCAGUUUUUGAAUCCGAUAGCCCUACAGCUACGCCAUCACAAACUGCAUUGUUCAAGGUAUCGAAGCUGGUUGACAAUUACCUUGCUGAAAUCGCACCUGAUGCAAAUCUGAAGCUGAACAAGUUCAUUGCUAUUGCAGAAACAUUACCAGCACACGCGCGUACUGUCCACGAUGGACUUUAUCGGGCUAUUGACGUUUACCUCAAAGCUCAUCAGGCCUUAUCAGAUCCUGACAAGAGAAGGCUAUGCAAACUGAUUGAUUUUCAAAAGCUCUCACAAGAAGCUGGAGCACACGCUGCACAAAAUGAACGCCUACCUCUCCAAUCGAUAGUACAAGUUCUCUAUUUCGAGCAAUUAAGGCUUCGAAGCGCCUUGUUUUGCUCGUACCCUGAUGAUGACAUUAAGCCAAUGCACCAAUCUUGGAGGAUUAAUAGUGGUGCUCUUAGUGCAGCAAUGUCUCCAAAGGACAAUUAUGCUUCGUUGAGACGAGAAAACAGGGAGCUAAAACUUGAACUAGCGCGGAUGAGGAUGAGAUUGAACGACUUGGAAAAAGACCAUGUUUGCAUGAAGAGAGAUAUGCAGAAAUCUAGCUCGCGAAGAUUCAUGAAAUCUUUCUCUAAAAGGAUUGGUAAAAAGUUCAAUAUUUUCGGACAUAGUUCUUCCAGGGAGUCUACUUCUCCCUCGAGGCAUUCGGAAAGAACUGAUUCUAAGAAUAAUUGAUAGAACGUGACU